AUGCACCAGAAUACAGUAAACAUCAAACCUAUGCAUGGUGGCUUAGAUUUUUACUUUGCUGGAAAGCAAGGGGCACGGAAACUUGUUGACUUUUUGUUAUUGGUUGUUCCUUGCAGAUACCAAACUGCCCAGGAACUUAUUUCAAUGGAUAUCCACAGUAAUAUUGCCAAUUACAAAACUACUUUUUCUGUUGAAUUAGUCCCCAUUUGUAAAGACAAUGUUGUGUGCAUUUCAAAGAAACUGGCUCGAUCACUUGGCAGCAUUUCACAGCUCUGUGUUGUUUUCAGAGUCACUCGCUCAGUACAUCUCAUUGACCCACUUUCUUUGCAAGAAGAUCUUGAAGAAGAUGAUAGUUACAGGCAGAAUGUCAACAUUUUUAAAGAUUCUACCAAAACUCCUGUUGACCUUGAUGACAUUGAAGAUGAACAUCUGCCUCAGAUCAGCCUGCAAGAAAUGUUGGAUGAUAUGAAGUUAGUAGAUCCUACAGGAGGAGAUGGAGCUGAAAUGAUUGAAUAA